AUGGAAGUGUAUGCAUUAAUGUUAGCAUCUGAAAAUGGACACCACCAGAAGGUAGAUGAUCAAAUUAAAUCAGGAGCAGACAUUAAAUAUGUAAGACAAGAUGGAAAUAAUGCCUUAAUGAUUGCGUCUCAAAAUGGACACGACAAGGUGGUAGAUAUUCUUAUUAUAGCAGGAGCAGACAUAAACUAUGUAAAACAAGAUGGAUAUAAAGCCUUAAUGAUUGCAUCUCUAAAUGGACAAGACAAGAUGAAUGCCUUAAUGAUUGCGUCUCAAAAUGGACACGACAAGGUGGUAGAUAUUCUAAUUAAAGCAGGAGCAGACAUAAAUCAUGUGGAAGAUGAUGGAUGGAAUGCCUUAAUGAUUGCAUCUCUAAAUGGACACGACAAGGUGGUAGAUAUUCUUAUUAUAGCAGGAGCAGACAUAAAUCAUGUGGAAGAUGAUGGAUGGAAUGCCUUAAUGAUUGCAUCUCAAAAUGGACACGACAAGGUGGUAGAUAUUCUUAUUAAAGUAGGAGCAGACAUAAACUAUGUAAAACAAAAUGGACGUAAUGCCUUAAUGAUUGCAUCUCGAAAUGGACACGACAAGGUGGUAGAUAUUCUUAUUAAAGCAGGAGCAGACAUAAACUAUGUAAAACAAGAUGGAUAUAAAGCCUUAAUGAUUGCAUCUCUAAAUGGACAAGACAAGAUGGUAGAUAUUCUUAUUAAAGCA